UGACGCACCGGAUGUUAUAAAAGCCGCCAGCGCCGGGGUGGCGCUCAGAAGGCUGGCGGGCCGCUGGGAUGGCAGAUGAGGAGGAAGACCCCACCUUUGAGGAGGAAAAUGAAGAAAUUGGAGGAGGAGCAGAAGGUGGUCAAGGGAAAAGAAAGAGACUUUUCUCCAAAGAAUUGCGAUGUAUGAUGUAUGGGUUUGGGGAUGACCAGAAUCCUUACACUGAAUCAGUGGAUAUUCUUGAAGACCUUGUCAUAGAGUUCAUUACUGAAAUGACUCACAAGGCAAUGUCGAUUGGAAGACAGGGUCGAGUGCAAGUUGAAGAUAUUGUCUUCCUGAUUCGAAAGGACCCAAGGAAGUUUGCUAGAGUUAAAGACUUACUUACUAUGAACGAAGAAUUGAAACGGGCUAGAAAAGCCUUUGACGAAGCCAACUAUGGAUCUUGACACAGUUUGUAAUAUCUGAAUUUUUGAUAUUUUGUUUGGAAACCAUACAUUAUAACUUGUCUACAGUAUAUCAUGAUAGCUCGGUAUGCAGUGAAAGAGGUCUUCAAGUUUAGCUGUAUAACUUGUCUACAGUAUAUCAUGAUAGCAAUGAAAGAGGUCUUCAAGUUUAGCUGUAUAACUUGAGCCUUUCAUUGCUUAUGUUUGACUGUAUUUAAUUCUUUGCUGGGCUUUAAUGACUACCAACUGUGUAGUUCCAUCUGAAAAAGGUAAGGUAGUAUUUAGGUAGACUUGUGUGGUCCAAGCUAUAUACCAUGGCUACAUAGUAUGCAAUCUAAAUAUGCUUUUGACUUUAUGAAACUUGAUGCUUGUGCUUUAUGUAUUUCAAGUUUUUGUGACAGUGGCAGGAGAAGUUAUUAAAGAGAAAGAACUGGUUUGUGUUUCUUUUAAGGAACUAAGUUCUUGUAAGAAUCUUUGUCUUAAUAGAUCAUUUAUUUUAAUAUUUUCUAAAGAAUACUUUUUUUUUUAAAGAAACUACUAUUCGUUAGUGUUAGUGGACCUCAUCUUCCUUGGUAACAAUAAAGUUUCUAAAGAUAAAUGCUUUCAGUAGUAGGGAUGGCAAAGCUUGUAAACCUGAUAUCAGGACAGGUAUUUUGGGUGGUGUUAUAGUGGCAUAAAUGUAAGUACUUUCAUUGUGAAAAUGUGUAGUUGACUAAACCUUUGUGUGGCUGUGUAAAGCAUUUUCAUAGUUAAGGAUAUGCAGGGUUUGUGUGUAUUUAGCUUAUUGCAUUAAAUUAUUGUUCUAUUUGGCUUAUAAUAAGGAUUAAAAUUGCACUUAAAGAGAUUACUGAAUGUUAUUCUGUGAAACUUACUGGUGCUUCUUAAUAUCUCUAAAUCAGUAGUUGGAGAAAUACCACCUAUUUAAUCUGCUGAUACAAGGAAUAAAGGAUGAAAAUUUUAACACACUAA